AAAUAUUUCAUUGAUUAAGUAAAACAAAAUCCAAAUUCAUAUAUUCUUCCACACUCAAAAUAGUUUUGUAUUUUUUCAAAAUGGUCUUGACCAAUUUUAUAAUUUUGAAAAUUAAUAUUUUAAACUUAAAAUAAUAAUAUUCCAAAUUUUGCAUAAGAUAAAAUCAUAGAUGCUAAAGUAUAACUUUUUUGAAAUGCAACAUGAAAAAAAUGUUUUUAAAAGAAAAAAUGGUGCAAUAUUUUGAAACCUUAAUUUAGUAACAAAAAAAAUCAGAAUACUUAACACCAUAGCAUCUGAUAAAUAUCCUAUAUCAAUAAAAAUUACUAAAAAAAUGUCAUUAUAAAAUUAUAUAAGAAAAAUGUAAGAAAAAUGUCAUUAUAAAAUUGAAUACCUUUUUGUUCUACUUAGGUAACAUUAACUGAGAUUAUUGUGAUGAACACAUGAAUUUUGGUUAUAAAAUGAUUAAGUUUUACAUAAAUAUUAAGGGCUGGAAGUAACAGAAAUAUAAUUGUUGCAAUUAUGAAGUUUUUUUUUUGUAGUUCUUGAUUACAUUUAUGAUCAUUAAUUUGAAUUCUUAUCUAAUAUUUUUAUAGGUAUGAACAUGGUUCUAGGACAAGAAAUGUGCGAAGCAAAGAGCAUAAAUUUCAAGGGAAUGUGUUUGAAGUGGAGGAAUUGCAAACAAGUAUGUAUAAGCGAAGGUUUUCCUGAUGGUCGCUGCAAGGGAUUUAUCCGCAAAUGCGUUUGCAGGAAAUUUUGCCUUUUGAACUAAAAUUUAUUUAACGGGUUAAAUAAAAACUAGUAAAUAAAGUCACUAUUAAUUUGAUUUAAUAAAAGAGUCAUGUACUGGAACCUUAAUUCUAAGAUAUGAUUAUUUGCCUUGAUCCGUAUCGCAUAUAUAUUUAUUUUUGUCAGUUACAAAUAUAUAAAUUAAAGUAAUAAUCAAGAUAAAUAAAACAAAAGACAUUUCUGACAUCUUCUUAAUUUCUUUUCAUUAUUACAAGUAUGUCACUCCUAGAUUAUGGUAAAAAUAAUAAUAUUUUAAACCAAAAAACCUAUAGUAUUUCAUACAUUCUAUGUUUAAUAUAACUGACGAUUCCAAAGAAUUAAAAUAUUUUUUUACGAAUAUUUAAUCAUAUAUUGGACUACUAAAUCAUAAAAUAUUUAUAUCAUCAAGCAUUAUUGUUAAUCAACCCAAAUGAUCAUUUUGUUUUCAGUUAUAAAACACAAUUCCAUAGCAAUAUAAAACUAUUAUCAUCAUCAUUAAAAUAUUUUUUUGGUUUUCCAAAUAAAAACCCAGUUCAUAUAGCCACACACACACACACACAUAUAUAUAUAUAAUAUUUAAACCUUUUUUAUUUCCUUAAUGAUUCCAUAAGAUAUGAUAUUCUUUUCAUCUUUUGUUGCGGAAGAUGAAAUAUCUCAAUAUGCAAUAUUGCACCAUCAGAUAAUGGGAUGAUUGUAACCUAAACAAUAAAUCUUACGUAACAAAACAAAACAUAUAUGGGAUGAUUGGCUUGCCUGUAUAUGUAGAAGUUUAGUUGUAAAAUUUAGUCUGAUUUUUUGUUGUUAAAGUUGUA